CCGUCCGGUGCGCAGGUGAUCCGGGGACCAUCCAUCGUCGAACCCGGGAUUCGCCCGUCGCGAUGACGCGCCGACCCGCCACGAGGCGGCCGCGAAACUCGCGCGUCCAGGACGAGGUGUCAAUCGUGCUUUUCGUGCUGCGAGAUCACCCCUUGCCCUUUCUUCGCCCUGCCCCGUUCUUGGCGCAGACCGCUGUGGCUGGCUCGUUUUAAUGCGGUUGAUUGUGUCUCGGUCGUGGGAAUUCGCAUUGCUGCUCAUCUGUUCUUGUUGAUCGAAUCCAAUAAGAUUAAGGAAAAACUCGGGCAAACAGUGCAAUUUCGGAAUUAGGUUGUUACAUGACUGUGAGUUUUAUUGUUGAAGCUAAUAGCUUGACAAGAGUAUAGGAAGAGUGCCCGCCCGGUACUCGGCUAAGCUACGAGUUCUCCAUCCCCGAACCGGAUCCGGACAAGCGGAUCGCGACGCGAUCGGUUCUCCACCUGGCAACGCGAUGUAAUGUCAAUUGUCGAGUAGUGGAGUUGCCGUGAUAACGCUCUCGGAAGAGUAGAGAGAAGACCAACAGGAACGACGAUGAACGGCGAGCGAGACUCGUGAUUGUCUCGUGGACGACGGAAGGACAAGACAGAAGAGGACCACGAGGAGCGGCCGGUCCGGUGGGGCCCCGGCCAUGGGGGAGACAGCAUGUUCUCCGAGCUGUGCAGGGAGACCCUGCGGAAGGCAGCAGUGUGCUACAGUUCUGCUCGUGCAGGAAGUCCAUCACCAUCGCCACCAACGUCUCCGCCGUCAUCACCCGCCAAGGAGGCAAAGACUGCUGCCAACACUGACCUGGCAAAUGUCCGUGAUGCCGGCCACGAGGGAACCCACCGAGACCACCAACACCAUCAUUCAGGGACCACCGGCGGAAGACGGGCGACGUCGCCGGCCGGAAACGCCGCCGGCGAGCCGAGGGACUUGGACAGAUCGGCCGCGACCGAUCGCCCGAACGACUUCAGGGAGUACGUUUACAUCCGAAAGCGACCGGCGAUGCCCACCGACUUCAGCAAGCGGUUGCCCGGGCUCGAGGCGAGGGAGGGACGACGCGGUACGUGCGGGACCACCGAGUCCAGGGAGUCCCGAUCGGUGUCACCCGAGAAGGGAGCACGACAGCACGAGGACAACCGAGGAGGAGGAAGCGGUGGCGAAUGUGGCAGAUCGGACUCAAGAUUCAGCCGACGGUCCCCAGGGUCGUCGCCCGAACCCGAGGACAACUCCUCAACUUCUGGCGACGAAGCUGGAGCCGCUCCUGAGGAAACUAACCAAAGGUCCAGUUCUGCACACAAUCGCCACUCUCUCACGAAGGAACAAACGAUGCACUGGUUCGCGCAGAUCGGCGGUGAUAAUGACUCCCUCGCUUUGUCAGAUGUGAAGCGCCAGCGAAGUCUCUACGAUGAAGACUCCCUCGACGGUGAUCGUCCUUACGAAAACGAAGGACGGGAAUCGACGGGAAGCUCGAAGGAAUUGGACAGGGCGAAGCUCGUCCGCGAGAGGCAGAACGAGGAGCGGCAGCGGAAGUUGGAGGAGCUCAGGCAGCAGGCGCUCGCCGCGCAACGCUUCCGCGAGCAGCGCGAGGAAGAGCGACGAAGACGCAUCGACGAGCUCAGGUCGCGUGACCACGACAGACGAAAUCAAGUGGAGGAGAGAAAACGGCUGAUAUGCGAGGCGGAGCGAGAGAGACGGGAGGCGAUCCUCCGGAAGAAUCAAGAGAGAGAGGCGCGUAUCGAGGCGAAGAGGAGGAACGAGAGGUCGCAUAUCGUCUUUGCGUUCGGUAGCUCUACGCCACGGAUGCUGGAACCCGCCGACACCGGCGGUUCCACCUUCUGGGGUACCCGUAGAGCCACCUCCACCACCAAUGUCAUGAUGUUUUCUGCGGCGCAGCCCCUCACCAGGAGAUCCUCCGAGAGGGAGCUGGACGGCAGCAAGAAACGGGCCACUUCCGCAGGCGGACUCGAUCGGAAGCCUGGCGAAGAUAUGAGAAUGUCCUCGUCCAUGUACGAGGUGUUCAAUUGGAAUUCUAGCCCCGAUCCCCCCUUAACUCCUGCCAAGCAUAAGAGAGCCAGCCUCUCUCUGCCCCCCACAACCGACAUCUUUGCCGUCGAUGAUAAGUCUGAUAGCGACACUAGGCGUCCCAUGAUUCAGCGGGCUGCCAGUGGUGAAGAUAGCGACAGCGGCACACCCAGCACCCCGAGCUCGGUUUACCUGCGUGUGAACAGAAGGCGCACCGACCUCAUGCCGACGAUACCGUCCCCGCGCGACAACCCGCCGUCGUCGGCACGCAGCUCCAGCGCCAAGGCUUUCACACGUUCGCCAGGUAGGACUUACUCCAUGUCCAGGCUGGACCAGCUCGCGCAGCCUAGGAAACGCGCGACCGACCAGCAUCUCGGCACGCUGGCGGAGCAACGGCAGAGCCAGCCUCUGCAGAGCGCUUCUAGCAUGAGCCGCAGCAUGUCGCACUUGGCCGCGCCCGGAGGAGCCAAGAGCCUCAAACGAUCCGAUAAUUCGCGUAGCAUGGGCACGCUGCCGGGCGCGGCGCCCAUCCCCAGACCCACCCGCGCCGAGAGAUUGCGCCGCAAGGCCCGCGAGCACCAGCAGGCCCAGCAGCAGCAAGGUAUCCGCAGCGGCGAAGUGACACCAAACAGCCCGUCCCGACCGCACAGCUCCAUGAGUCAACAGAGUGCCAGCAGCGUGGGCAGCAGUAACGUCAAUCUGCGUACCCGCACGGCCGCGUCGCGCCGACCGCGACCUGCUUCUAUUGCCGGUACCGGUGUCUCGGUCACAGAGAAACACAAUCUGGUGGGUGACGUGAAAUUAACGAAGGAUUCAAAGCCACCACUGCCAAAGGUCCAUAGCACUCCAAAGAAACCUUCGCCACUCAAAACCGCGGAGGUGAAGAAACCGAUGGAGAAGUUGAUCAAAAACGCCAAGUCGUCACCGCGAAUAACCCCGAAAGCGACACCCCUACAGAGUCCCGGAGCCGAGCAUCCACCACUCAUACGCGAGAUCAAUCCGGAGAUCAUAAAGCAGAACGAGAGUAAGGACACGCAGGAUGUGAAAUCGGAGGAUAAGAACGAAGAGAAGAAGGAUCAGGGCAGCGAGAAGACGCAGCAGCAGCAGGAGGCCAACAUCGCCGCCGAGUCCAUUAUCACUGAAACGAAGGUAGCGGCGGAGCCUGUGUCGACGAGCAAGCAGGUGAAAGACGAGACCAACUUAAUGCAGGAGAAUCUGUCGAGCGGCAAUGUCGUGGUGGAAGAACCGUCAAAAACCAAGAAGGAGGAGAACAAACAAGAGAAGAAAUUGAUAGAGACGGUUGAGGUGAAGCCUGAAGGCGAGAUGGACGAUCAGAUCGACAUGUCAGCAUCGUUGAUCGCGAAGAUCAGAAUCACCACUGAGGAGGAGGCCAAGGCCGCUCUGGCAGAACGCAGAAGACUGGCUCGCGAGCAAGCGGAACGAGAAGCGGAACUGGAACGUCUGCGACAGGAGGAAGAAGCGCGACUGGAAGCCGAGAGAUUGCGUGCAGAGGAAGAGGAACAACGUCGCCUGGAGGAGGAGACUAUACGCUUAGCUAAUGAAGCCCGAGAUGCGGAGAAGCAACGAUUACAAUUGGCGAUCGAGGAAGCUACGCGCCGCGAGGAAGAAGAUAGAAGAAAACGAGAAGAGGAGGCUCGCCAGAAGCAAGAAAAGGAGGAAGCGGAGCGCAAGGCGAGGGAAGAAGCGGAAAAACAACGAAUCGAGAUGGCCGAGAGACUCAAGAAGGAAGAAGAGGAGCGCAAUGCCAGGCGUAAGCGAGUCGAAGCGAUCAUGCUUAGGACGAGAGGCAAAAAUCAAUCCAAUUCGUCUGCCAAGGGAGAGGCUGGCGAUGGCGACAAGCUGAAGGAGGACAGCCCGAGCGACGAGAAUAAGCCGAUACCGGGCGGCAAGGGCGACGACGUCAUGACAGCCAGUUUAAUUUCUGAGGCGACUGAGCAGUUCAUCAGUGGCGAGCAACUGGCGCAUCACACGGAGAACAGCGUGAUGCCCGCGGCCGACAUCGUGCACAACGGCACGACGCAUAGCAACGGCAUUAACGAAAGUAAAAUCGUAUUGGAUAAUAAUCAGGGUAACGUUGAAGGCGAGUUGAACGGUCACCAUACGAAUCACGGGAACGGUAUCAACAGUCAGUCGAUUACACUGGACAAUGCCACUGUCAAGCAAAACAACGUGACCAACAACCUGUUAGACCUGUCGGACUUCGACACUCUGAGUAAUAACAGUAGCGGCUACAGUACCGGGCCGAUACUCGAACUGACGCCCAAUCUGGCGAACGAGGAUACCCUCAACUCCAACCUGAACCCGGCUGCAAUGCCAUUUACCCCGAUGGGCUUCGUGCCCGCCGCCGCGAACGCCAAUGUCAAUCCGUUCCAGGACAAUUUUAUCAGCAACAAGCCGCAGGACAACAGCCAAGUACCAGAUCUUCUGUCAUAAAGUGUCUUUCGAACGUUCCCGGGCGAACGAAGGAGGAGCAACAGCUGGGUGAUCAAUAACCGACCUGCUUGUGGCCAACCACAACGCGACAGCUAUACUCGAAACAAGACGUCGUUCAUGAUAAUGUAAAUAACCGUUCGUCGCGCGACGCGUAAAUAGGGAUUGUCCAGGUGGAGCGGGAAGUCUCUCGGAUGGAGGGUCAUCUCACGCACCCUCCAGGACAUCGCGCGAUCGCGUGCUGGACGCCUGUGCGCCUUUUGUCACCGGGAAAAACUGGAAGUGUAAUAUAAUAUACAAUGUUAAUUAAUUAAUGUUACGCAACCAGCGAGAGUGGACACUCGGUCUGUGACUCGUAGUACGCUAUUAGAUAAAUAUAACUUUCUUAAAGGACCUACGCGGAAAGGGGGUUUCAGGCCUGUUUGUAACACAUUGUUUUCAUCGGAUACAGGGACGUAUUUUACCGAAUCGACAUGAAAUUACUCCCUCUCUCACGCAUACGCAUACGCCCGCGUACACACACACAUACAUACACGUAUAGAUAGGGAGUAAAAUCUUCGGGGCGUUAUUCAAUAGAAAUGAGAGAAUCGGAAAUCGCGCGGGACAGGAUACGACCGACGAGAUAAAUAGGUCACAAAACGUAAAGGAGGAAGUAAAAAAAAAGAUCAAGCGCUGAGGACGUAUCCGUAAAAGCAGCGUAGGAGACGAGAGCUCCGAUGGAUCGAACGGAGAACGUCCCUUAAGGUAAAAGAUUGCGCGAUAUAAGGUAUACCAGCUUACAGCGAUUUCGCGAUAGAUAAGAACGGAUUUCGUGAUCGCGCGAGCGUGAAUUCGACGACGAGAGAGACAUUCUGUGGAUACGAAAUGGAGGGAAAGUAGCGCAGAGAGAGUGGCAGGGCAAAAGAGGAAAAGGGAAAGGCUUAUCUUCCAUACCAGAUUUCGGGGCGUGCGCUCACUAGUCAAGCAAUCUUACUGUCUUUUCAUCCUUCUCUUUCUUCUUUUUAUCGUGUUUCGUUUAAGAGGGCCUACUCGACACAUUGGCAUAUCCUAGGUAUCCGCUAGACUUCAGCCACUGUUACGUUUCCUCGUGGAUCGAACGUGAAUUCUUCCAGCUGUGAUGACGACGAUAACGACGAUACCGGGGGCGUUACCGAUCGCUUUGUGAGAUAGCCGCUGCAUAAGAGUGAUUAACGGAGUGACGACCCAAUAGCGUUAGAAUCGCGGGGCGCGAGGGAAAUUGCCGCGGAUGAUUGCGCGGAAUUAAUCGCGUUUCGUUCGACGAGAGAAACGGAAGCACAGGUCGACGUCGCCGUGUUAACGUGCGAUAUUGCGGACGCGAAUGCCGGCUGUCGCGGCAACGUUCGAACGUCCGAAGAAUUCAAGAGGAGUUCAUCACUCGCAAUAUGAGAGAACGUUCGCGAGACGUGGAUAUCAGCAGCACGCUUUAUAUUUUUUGCGCUCGCUUUGUCGCGCGCGAUAUCAGUCGCAGGGCUCGGCGAUUAUUUAUAAAGAGGAUAGUGAGAAACGCGCGUUUCUCUGUUAUCCCGGUUUUCAUUCCGGGAGUAGCAUGGAGAGACGAUUGUCGACGCUAGAGAGGAAAGAUAGGAUUAGUGUGUACAGAUUUUAUGUACCGUUUGUUAUUCGAUUUUUCUCAUACGUUUGCGCCACACGUACGCGGUAUUCAUCCCCUUUUCCCUUCCGCCCCUUCCCCGGUCCCUUCUCCUCCGUCCCUCCUUAUUUUACUCGCAUUUUGUCAUAACCGGCGUAAAGGGUUCACCAAACCGUAUCUGGUGUAAGUUGAAAUCUUCUCGUCAGCGUCGUUUCUCGUUUAAAUCCGAGGUUUUCGUACCUCGUUCGCAUUUGCGUAACGUGUUAUAACUUGUUUUCUCGAACGGAUAUAGUUUCUCGUAUAAACGUUUAUCACGCGUUUAUAGUUUAUACCGAGAAAGUUGUUAGAACGAUUGUGUUAUGUACAGACGCAUCGCGUUGCAUCGCGUGUCACCGUUGACGCACCGAGAGAGAACGUUAAGAUCGUUAGAAAAAUACGGGAGAAGCACAUACAGCUCGAAACCGUGUGACAGAUUUAUUGACACGUUUUAUCGUCCGUUUCUACACAAGAAAUUGCCUCUGUGUUUAUGUCCUGUAAAAACAUUUUAACGUCGUAACGGAGUGCGGAGUCGCCCCCGUUCGUUACGACUUACUGUAUCAAACGUAUUUAUAUUAGUUCUUCUCUUUUUCGACAGACAUAUUUAUUAACCGUUUGGACACAAUAUAUAUAUAUUACCCCCGCAUCACGUGUACACUUAUACUAUUUUUAUUAGAUUUGGUUGAGACUCUAUUAAAACUAUUCUAUAAGAGAUACAUAAUAAUAACGAGAUAAUUAAAUAGAGAGAAGUAUGAGAGAAACGUUUCUAAAUAUACAAUAACGAGGAAGAAAAUGCUAAAUAUCAUCAGUCACGUCUAAAGGAACAAAUACUUCAUAUUGUAAAAAAUGCUUGUAUGUAAUAAAUACUUAAUAAUGAGAAA